AUGGGGACAUUUGGUUAUGUUGCACCGGAGUAUGCAUGCACUGGAAUGCUAACUGAGAAGAGUGAUGUUGAUAGCUUUGGAAUACUUAUUAUGGAAAUAAUUACCGGAAGAAGUCCUAUUGAUUAUAGUAAAUCCCAAGGAGAGGUUAAUUUAAUUGAGUGGUUGAAAACUAUGGUUGGCAAUAGAAAAUCAGAGGAACUCAUCGAUCCGAACCUUCCUGAAAAGCCGUCUUCAAAGGCUCUUAAGCUUGCUCUGUUGGUUGCUCUUAAAUGUGUUGAUCCUGAUGCCACAAAGAGACCUAAAAUCGGACACAUAAUCCACAUGCUUGAGGCUGACGACAUUCUAUUCCGUGAUGAACGGAGGACCGGAGGAGAAUCGUCGCGAUUCCAUCGCAAUUAUCAUCAUCAUCAUGAGCAAAAGGACUCUAGCAGAGAUAGAAAGCGAAUAGGUGGAGAGAUCACUGAUCAAAGUGAAGAUGAUAAUAGUAGUAAAAUCUUGCCCAUCCCACUAGAUUGA